UUCAGCGAUGCUUUUUAGUUAUUGUUAAUUUGGCUGGCAUAUUUUUAGUUUGCAAUUUAAAUUGUUAAUUUAUGGUAUAUAUCAAUAAAAAGUGUUAGAAACUGACUGUUAACUGUUAAGCGGGUGCGGUAGCAUCGGCGGCAGUGACAGCAAGAGACAACAUAAUGGUUGUUGGUUCGAAUCAUCAGCGGCGUGGUGGUGGUGAUACAAGUAGUAAUAAUAACAGAUGCGCAAAUUCCUCGACCACCACUGUCUCGUCCUCCACCUCCAAUAAUACGUCCGGUUACCAUCAUUCCUCACACAACGGCACAGCUCAUACCAUCUCUGGUAAAUCACAUUCGAUGUCUUCACACGGCAGUGGUGGUGGUAGUAGCAGUUCUAAUGGUCAUUCCCAUCAUCAUAACGGAUUUACUAAUGGCUAUCAUUUAGGAAAUGCUAUAGGCGGUACAAAUGGUACCGCCAGUAAUAGUGUUAGUCGAAUUUCUCAGUCGACGGGAAUGACGCCUAAAGAACUAUCUGAGAACGAUGAUCUUGCAACGUCAUUAAUAUUAGAUCCACAUUUGGGGUUUCAAUCUCACAAAAUGAAUAUACGAGAUUACUGUUUACAAAAAUAUUUAAUAUAUAUAUAUGUGCUGUGUAGUUGGCAGUAUAAUUCCAAAUUUUCGACUGCGGCGCUAUUUCUUUUAACUAAAACAUAUAUAUAUUAA